UGUUCCUUAACAAACAAAGAUGAAGUUUGGAGCUGCCUUUGUUCUCGUGAUCUGCUUAGCUGUAUCUGCCGAUGCUGCUCUAAGAAGUGCUGUAAGAACCGUCGCCAGAGUGGGAAGAGCAGUUUUGCCACAUGUCGCCAUAGCGGAUCCCUAUGUCAGAACCCCAUACGUCCACAACAACCCAGACUGGAGUUUGUGGCGCAGAAAGAGAUGGAACCAACAACCAACAAGCCAAGCUGAUAUGUUGGAAGACGCAUUGGAAGCGCAGGCCAUCGAAGCUCUUAUGCAAGAACAAUAAGCGAUAAGCAAACACCAGCUCUACGAUUAAUCAGAACGAAACUCGUUUAUCGUAGUGUAUUUAAAGGUGAAUAAAUACUUGC